GCCGCCCCGCGCGGGGAUGGCGCCCUCGGGAACAGGCAUCUCGGGGUCCAGAGCUUCGCAGGGUGCCAGAGCCAGUUGGGGAUGCGAUGCGUCCCCGUCCCCCCGACCCUUAGGCACAGCUUCUCAGGCCCCAGGCCGGGGGUGUUGGGUUUGCCUGCCACGAAGGCCCCUACUUUCAGAAUUCAUGAAGGCCUGGAGAAAAGUUUGGGGAAAGAUUUAUCUACAUUUUGCUUAUAUACAACUGUACCUCCCCCAUGUUUCCAAGGAGUGCAUCUUGAAGUCUUGCAGGAUCUCCAGAGUGAAACUCACUGUGGUCAAGACUCUAACUUGGAGGGACCAUGGAACAGUAUACAGCAAACAGCAAUAGUUCAACAGAGCAGAUUGUUGUACAGGCUGGACAGAUUCAGCAGCAGCUCUUCCUGUUCCUGUUCUCAGCAGCAGGGUGGUGUUACUGCUGUCCAGUUGCAGACUGAGGCCCAGGUGGCAUCCGCCUCAGGCCAGCAAGUCCAGACCCUCCAGGUAGUCCAGGGGCAGCCAUUAAUGGUACAAGUCAGUGGAGGCCAGUUAAUCACAUCAACUGGCCAACCCAUCAUGGUCCAGGCUGUUCCUGGUGGACAAGGUCAAACCAUCAUGCAAGUACCUGUAUCUGGGACACAGGGUUUGCAGCAGAUACAGUUGGUCCCACCUGGACAGAUCCAGAUCCAGGGUGGGCAGGCUGUGCAGGUACAGGGCCAGCAGGGCCAGACCCAGCAGAUCAUCAUCCAGCAGCCCCAGACAGCCGUCACUGCUGGCCAGACGCAGACGCAACAGCAGAUUGCUGUCCAGGGGCAGCAAGUGGCACAAACUGCCGAAGGGCAGACCAUCGUCUAUCAGCCAGUUAAUGCAGAUGGCACCAUUCUCCAGCAAGUUACAGUCCCUGUUUCAGGCAUGAUCACCAUCCCUGCAGCCAGUUUGGCAGGAGCACAGAUUGUUCAGACCGGAGCCAAUACCAACACGACCAGCAGUGGGCAAGGGACUGUCACUGUGACACUGCCAGUGGCAGGCAAUGUGGUCAAUUCAGGAGGGAUGGUCAUGAUGGUACCUGGUGCUGGCUCUGUGCCUGCUAUCCAGAGAAUCCCUCUCCCUGGGGCAGAGAUGCUUGAAGAAGAGCCUCUCUAUGUGAAUGCCAAACAGUACCACCGUAUACUUAAGAGGAGGCAAGCCCGGGCUAAAUUAGAGGCAGAAGGGAAAAUUCCAAAGGAAAGAAGGAAAUACCUGCAUGAGUCUCGGCACCGUCAUGCCAUGGCACGGAAGCGUGGUGAAGGUGGACGAUUUUUCUCUCCAAAGGAAAAAGAUAGUCCCCAUAUGCAGGAUCCAAAUCAAGCAGAUGAAGAGGCUAUGACACAGAUCAUCCGAGUGUCCUAACCCCAGGCCAUGUGAUGGUACCGAUUAAGGUCAUGUUCCUCGCACUGUUUCCCACUGUUCCAAGGAAACUGAUCAACUCUUCCAAUGGGACACUGACGAUUACAUUCUGCCCUUUUCUACAGGACAGAAACCACUUAGUUUUUAAUAAGUGGCUCAGUAUUAUAAUUGCAAGGAUGUCUGGCAAAUUGAAGUUGCAAGCCUUUGUCUCACCCUUUCAGUCAGGACUUAUUUCAGACUGUUGGUGACAUUGACAUUUCAUGGAUUGGGAUGAUGCAGGGGACCCAUGCCAGCCCAGCAGUACCACACCUAGCACUUAAUGUUGACUGGUAAUGCCAGCCAGCCAUCUCAGCAGAGGAGAACGACCUUCUCAACUUAAACUGCAGUCAGGGAAGCUGCAGCCCACUCCUUCCCAUGGAUUCCAAACAGCACCCAUCCCUCUGAUGGGGGAUCUCAGGCUGACUAAUGGACACUUUGUAUUCAGAGAUGGUUUCCAGGCAAGGAAGCUUCAUCUCAUGAUAUGGAAACAAUAAAUUCUCUGAGAUACAUUCAUCUAA